ACCCACUUCACACCCAAUCUAUAUUAUUAUUUUCCUCCACCUCCUUCUCUUCUUCCGUUCACUGUCACUGUUCUCUCCAUUUUCCCAUUCAACAGAUCACAGACACGAAAAGCGAUUCUAUCUUCAAAAGCGCUUUUCCCUCUCUAUCUGAUUAUUCUACAAACAACAUUUACAUUACAGCUUUUUUCUCUCUGAAUUCACUCCUUUCGCUUUUCAUUUUGAAUCUCAUUCUCAGAGCAUUGUUUAUUUAUUGAAUUAUUUAUCGCUUUCAAUUCAUAAACACUGUUACACAAGAGGUUUCUUCUUUCUUUUUUUACGUUUUUUUUCGUGUUCAAUAUGCACGUGAGACGGAGAUUUUUGUGCGUUUUGAAACCGAUCGGAAAUUGGCCGGUGAUUUGAUGGAAUCGACUUCGUCGGUGUUUCACUGUUUAUCUUUUCAUGGAGCUAAUUGUUCGGCGAACUUCAUGUUUGAAUUGCAAGCUUUGGUUCGCUGUUGUUGUUGAGAUCAUUUUGAUAUUGGCAUUGGUGGAAGCUCACACUGCAAAGCCCCACGAAGACCAACUUCAAUGGGGAGGUUUGGAAAGGAAUACAAAGAACAUUGCCUCACACUCUUGCAUACAUGACCAGAUUCUUGAACAGAGGAAGCGACCUGGUCGCAAGGUUUAUUCAGUUACCCCACAGGUUUACGAGCCUGGUAGCUUGAAGCCCCUUCAGCAUAAAGGUAGAGCAAUACUUGCAGUGUCAACAUCAUUAGGGCCUCAAAAGGAUGCAAAGGAACCUAUUAGGAUAUAUUUAAAUUAUGAAGCUGUUGGCCACUCCCCUGACAGAGAUUGUCGAAAAGUUGGCGCUGUUGUCAAACUUGGAGAGCCUCCCACAACUUCUCUCCCUGAUUCCCCUUCUUGCAAUGCUCAUGGUAACCCUCCAAUUGUUGGUGAUUGUUGGUAUAACUGCACUUCUGAUGAUAUCUCAGGAGAAGACAAAAAACACCGCCUUCGCAAUGCAUUAGGUCAGACAGCUGACUGGUUUAGGAGAGCUUUAGCUGUUGAGCCUGUCAAGGGUAACUUGCGGUUAAGUGGAUAUUCUGCAUGUGGACAAGAUGGAGGCGUGCAGCUUCCUCGUGGAUAUAUCGAGGAAGGUGUCCCCGAUGCUGACUUAGUUCUUUUGGUCACUACAAGACCUACAACUGGAAAUACACUUGCUUGGGCUGUGGCAUGUGAACGGGAUCAAUGGGGCCGUGCUAUAGCUGGACACGUGAAUGUUGCUCCUCGCCAUUUGACUGCUGAGGCUGAGACUUUGCUUUCAGCUACUCUAAUACAUGAGGUUAUGCAUGUUCUUGGUUUUGACCCACAUGCCUUUGCUCAUUUUAGAGAUGAAAGGAAAAGGCGGCGUGAUCAGGUUACCGAACAAGUAAUGGAUGAAAAGCUUGGGCGGAUGGUCAAUCGAGUGGUGCUUCCGCGUGUUGUCAUGCAUUCACGAUAUCAUUAUGCGGCAUUCUCUGGAAAUUUUACUGGUUUAGAACUGGAAGAUGGGGGAGGACGUGGCACAUCAGGAUCUCACUGGGAGAAAAGGCUUCUGAUGAAUGAGAUUAUGACUGGUUCCGUGGAUACAAGAUCUGUAGUUUCAAAAAUGACUUUAGCUCUCUUAGAAGAUAGUGGAUGGUACAAAGCCAAUUAUAGCAUGGCAGACCGUCUUGAUUGGGGUCGCAACCAAGGUACUGAAUUUAUUACCUCCCCUUGCAAUCUUUGGAAGGGAGCUUAUCGUUGCAACACAACACAAUAUUCUGGCUGUACAUAUAACAGAGAGGCAGAGGGAUACUGCCCAAUCCUAACAUAUAGCGGAGACCUCCCUCAGUGGGCGCAAUAUUUUCCACAAGCUAAUAAAGGUGGACAAUCCUCAUUGGCUGAUUAUUGUACCUAUUUUGUUGCGUACUCUGAUGGGUCAUGUACAGAUACUAAUAGUGCACGAGCACCAGAUAGAAUGCUUGGUGAAGUCAGAGGAAGUAACUCCAGGUGUAUGGCCUCAUCAUUAGUGCGUACAGGAUUUGUACGAGGUUCUAUGACCCAGGGAAAUGGUUGUUAUCAGCACAGAUGUAUAAACAGUUCUUUAGAGAUUGCUGUGGAUGGCAUCUGGAAAGUGUGUCCUCGUGCUGGUGGACCCGUUUUGUUCCCUGGCUUUAAUGGUGAGUUAAUCUGCCCUGCAUAUCCAGAGCUCUGUAACUCUGACCCAGUAUCUCUGUCUGGUCAAUGUCUCAAUUCAUGUAAUUUCAAUGGAGACUGUGUUGAUGGAAGAUGCCACUGCUUUCUUGGAUUUCACGGGCAUGAUUGCAGUAGACGUUCCUGCUCCAGUAAUUGCAAUGGUAACGGCAUGUGCCUUUCCAACGGGUUUUGUGAAUGCAAAACUGGCUACACCGGCAUUGACUGUUCCACUGCUGUGUGUGAUGAGCAAUGCAGCCUUCAUGGUGGAGUUUGUGAUAAUGGAGUUUGUGAAUUCCGUUGUUCUGACUAUGCCGGAUACACAUGCCAGAACAGCUCCAUGCUCCUAUCUAGUCUCUCUGUUUGCAAAAAUGUUUUGGGAAAUGAUGUAUCUGGUCAGCAUUGUGCACCCAGCGAGCUUAGCAUAUUACAGCAGUUGGAAGAAGUGGUUGUCAUGCCGAACUACCACCGAUUAUUCCCUGGAGGUGCCAGGAAAUUAUUUAAUAUAUUUAGCAGCACCUACUGUGAUGAGGCUGCUAAACGGCUUGCUUGCUGGAUCUCAAUCCAGAAGUGUGACAAGGAUGGAGAUAACAGGCUUCGGGUUUGCCAUUCCGCAUGCCAAUCUUAUAAUAUAGCAUGUGGAGCCUCACUUGACUGCUCUGACCAAACCCUCUUCAGCAGUGAGGGUGAGGGGGAGGGUCAAUGCACCGGUUUUGGGGAGAUGAAAGUGUCGUGGUUUAAUCGCAUGAGAAACGGUUUUUCUUUGAGAAAUAGUUCCUUGAAAGGAAUGUCUGUAAGAUAUAGGAAACUUUAACCUUCGCCACCUUCUUUUAGGGGUAUUGGACUGUAAUUUUAAGUCCUUAGAAUUAGGUGGUUGCUUUCUCAUCCAAUAUUGUUUAAGAAAAAAUGGAUGAGAUUGUCGAUUUGGCUUUCGAAUAGGAGAGCCUUUUGUAGAGAAAAUUGAAAUUUAGGAAGUAGAAAGUAGAGGGGAAAGAAGAAAAAAUGAAAGAAAAAAAAAAGUUGAUAUGAUAGGGGGGUUGUUAAGCAUUGGCCGAAGGCCUUGUAAGGUAAAAAAAAGAAAAGUCACGCCUCAUUCUCUCCAUCUCUAAAUAUAUAUCUAUAGAGAUUACUAA